UAAUAAAUAGCUCCAACCUACUGAUACACACAACACUGUGGCAGUUUCUGACGUACAACGCAAACAGUAGUGUGAUUUUAAAGCCUGUCACAGAUAUUUCAAAGCAUGAAGACUCUCUUUGUAUUCCUAACCCUGAUUGUGGCUGUUCUGAGUAAUACAAUAGAGUUGGAUUCUGAAAAUGAAGGGAAGGCUGUUGAAUUGGAGAUCUCUAGUAUUCAGCAGCAGAGGCCUAAAUUCCAUAAGAAAAUGGUCGCAUUGAAUAAAACAGGCUCUUUCUCCAUGAAAAAUAAGUGGGCCACGUACUCUUUUUAUGAAGACCCAAAGACAUUCAAAGCAGCUGAGCAACAUUGCAAAAAACAACACAAUGGAGGUCAUUUGGUAUCUAUUCACAGCCAAAAAAUGAACGCAGCCCUCCUUGAUAUGGUAAGAGAGUUGGCUUUCAAUGAACAGGAAGUCUGGAUUGGAGGCAAACGAAACAUACUUAGUCACAACUUUCACUGGACUGAUGGAACCAAAUGGGACUUUACAUACUGGCGCAGUGGAUCCCCUAGCAAUUCCUGGGUGUCAUUUUCUUGUGUAGCAAUGCAUACAGAAGGUUCUGGAUAUUGGCAUGACAUAAAGUGUAGCCACAACAGGCCUUACAUCUGCAAAAGUGAGAGUCACUGAGCGAGAAAAUGUGUAUCAGAAGAUACCUGUGGCCUGCUUUGCUUCAUAUGCUUGCCUCAUGCUACCUAACUUCUUCUUCUUUUGGCUUUUCCCGGUUAGGGGUCACCACAGCAGAUCACCUGUCUGCUCAUGAU